CAAAAGUUUCUUUUGCUUUCACUACAAAAACAAAAGCAGACGCGUCGUUUUAGUCACCUUUCUUAUUUGGAAAGUUUUAGGAAGGAAAGAUUUUUUUUCUUUAAAAAUUUUAAAUGGAGAAUCUUCCAGAGUCACCAUUUUCGGAUACUACAUCGCCAUCAUCGCCCUCUUCACCAUCCUUGUACAAGACUUCUUCUUCUACUUAUUCUACCGUGGUUACACAACAAAUACUUCCUGAUUUAGGUUAUCUCACUCCAAAUCAAUUGGUGUUGUUACUUCAUGAUGUUAAGCAUCGUGAAGAUGCCAUUGAUCAAUUACUCAUCAAGAAGCUUCAUACAUGCAAAGAUUUAGCUCCGCUCUUGUGGAACUCCUCCAGUGCAGUUUACAUGCUUUUGCUGGAUGUCAUAGGAGUGUAUCAUAAGUUGUCACCCUCAAAGCUAUCUAUGAAGGAGUCAACUCGAGUGUGUAAGGCUCUUGCUUUGUUUCAGGUGUUGGCCGAUAACCCAGAAACAAGAAAGGGGCUCAUAAAAGCUAAAAUACCAUGUUAUUUCUACCCAUUACUCAAACCUAGUGGAGAUGACAAACCUUUGGAGUAUUUGAGGCUCACCACCUUGGGUGUUCUUGGUUCCCUAACGGAGUUUGAUGAUCCAAAUGGACCACUGGUCCUUCAUUUUUUCUUGGAAACGGAAAUGGUUCCUUUGUGCCUAGCGUGCAUGGAUCACUGUGAUGAACUGUCACAGAAGGUUGCAACUCUCAUACUUAUGAAAAUUCUGAUGCAAGAGAAGGGAAUGACGUAUUGUUGUGAUGGGGCUGAUCGCUUCUUCUCGAUAGUACAGGUCUUGAACCGAGUGGUAGAGAAACUUUCUAAAAAACCUUGUUGGCUGCAACUAAAAUAUGUAAUACAAUGUUAUAUAAGUUUUUCAGAAGUAUUAUGGCUCCACGGGCCAUGUGAUGUAUUAAAAAAACAAGUUCCUCCUCAGUUAUUUGACAAGACCUUUAAGGACAUUCUUCGUGAUGAUCACGAAACUACAUGGGCGUUGCAGGUGCUACAUUUCAAUAUUUAUGGACGUCUAAAUGUUUCGCAGAUUAAAGAGAGUAACAUCAUUGCAAAUAAGGAUACCGUAUGGUGAACUAAUUCUGUAAUAAUAGGAAAAGGCAACGUAUGAUGACCUCAGUAGAGGAAAAAAUGUUUCUUAACUUUUCAACUGUUAGAAGCUGAAAACUUAUUGAGCCUCGUUAAAACCUAAGUUGCUAAGACUCUUCACUUCUGAUGCCUCACCCUUGUCGGAUUCUCCAAAAGAUCCACUAUUUUUGAAUAAUCCGACACGCACCCAAUGAGACUAUUGAAGAGUCGAAGCAACAUAGGUUAAAACCGAUACAUCUGCUUUGUUAUGCACUGAAUUGUAGCUUUGUUCAGCUGAAUUAAGUUAUAUGUGGUGUUGUUUUCUUUACAAUACCAUUUGAUCUUUGAGAGAAUUGGCUUUUUGUUUUUUUUCUUUUUUAAGCAUUUGUUUUUGGCAAAUAAAUGGGUUUUGGUUUUGUUUCUUCUUUUUUCUUUUUCCGGAGGACAAAUGUGCAUAUUAUUUAGAACCAGCCUGGCCAUAUAAGCUUCUUUUCUCGUAAUAAUUUUCAAAAUGAAUGUUCGGCCAUGAAAUUACAAAUUUGAAGUGCAUUUCAAAUUUGAAGAGUAACUUAUAACAUGUUUUCCGACUCAUUUUUCACUUUUGAAGUUGUACUUAAGUACGUACAAGUCCUGAUUGUUUAUUCCAUUUUUUGUCUGUUUUAAGUAUGAAAUGGGAGUCAAGGAUAUUCAUUGCUAAAAUAGUCACUGAAUAGAGAUAACUGUGCCACAAUUAAGCUUUUCUGUCCAAUCAGUACAUAUACACAAUACAAUGUCUCGCUCUCAGAGGAUGCAUUUUGACUUGCUCGGAGAGCCUUGGGGCCUGUAGAUCCAU